ACAAAACGCCGUCGUACCUCGCGGAGGUUAGUUGUUCAAUUACCACUUUGGUUUCUUGUUAAACUGCUACUCAAAGUUAGUAAAACCUACUCGUAAACUUGAGGUGGAAACUACUAAAAUCAAAAGCAAAGCGCUGUCCAUUCGAGCAUGUCCGACAAAAAGCCAUCCACAUCGGGUAACUCAACCGGCGGCGGUGGUGGAGGAGACAACAAAGAGAAACGCCGCAAGGAGUCCAUCCUCGAUCUGAGCAAAUACCUCGAGAAGACGAUUCGAGUAAAGUUUGCCGGCGGGCGAGAAGCUGCCGGUGUGUUGAAAGGCUAUGAUCCGCUGCUAAACCUGGUGCUGGAUAACACGAUAGAGUUCCUGCGUGAUCCGGACGAUUACAAGCUAGCGGACGAUACGCGGCAUCUCGGGCUGGUGGUUUGCCGUGGCACAUCGGUAGUACUGAUUUGUCCCCAGGAAGGUAUGGAGUCGAUACAAAAUCCGUUCAUCGCUCAGGAAGGCUAGCGCAUUCAUGGCAGGAAAUGUGUCCAAGUGUCGAUGAAUGCAAACCAUUCAAUGCACAAGGACCGGUACCUACCUGUGAUCGAAUAUUGUGGCUCUUGUUUUGUUCUAAGUGACGGUGGAAAGCGUUUUCUACAGCAUUUACGAGUGUGAAGAGUGAAUUUGAUUGCAGGUUUCUUCUUACAUCUUUUCCUAAACGCGUGUAUUUGGUUGUUAGGCGAAUGUUUCGUUACAACAGAUCAUGUGCUCAUUUUUCUUUUCCUUUCAUUCCAUGCUUAUCCCAUGAAUCCAUUACAACCCCUUCUUUCAUAGAUACGCAUAAGUAACCCAUAAUCGAAUUGCUCAUAUGGGGAACAUCAGGUUCCGGAUGGAUCUGGUAGUUGAACUUAAAGAAGACGACAUGAAUUAUCGACCUAGCAUUUUUGUUUAAAAAGAUCGACCGUUUUCGACCGGUUUAUUAAUUUAUAUCUUAAAUACUAUUAUUCUUCAGCUAGAACUAACUUGCGAAAAUAAGGUAAUAGACAAUGUUUGCCUUUUUUCCUGGACGGUUAAUGUUUCUUGUAUUCAUCUUCAAGUGCGAGUUCUUCCGCCUUUCCCUAUGGGCUGCCGAUAGUUGUUAACAAAUUAUAACCGAAUGGAUAAAGAAAAA